GGCAGACCGUCGCCGCAGCUUUCUGGCACCGGGUCCCAAAGAAACGCGGUCCGCCGGCCUUACUGCCGUGUACGCGCGCGUGACUUGUGCGCCAAACGGAGCUGUGCCGCGUCGUACUUGCGUACGUACAAGUUUAGUUACAGUCACAUAAUACGACCAGAGCGCAACUCUACUUCCAAAAUUUAUAAACGUGGAUGUGUAGAAUAUCACGGCAGUGGCAUAAUAAUACCGGGACGAAGACGACGGAGACGGUGGCGAUCGCGUAAUCGGUUCACCGCAAGUGAUGUCGGAUAAAGUAAUUGUUUUGAACGAAGGACCACCGUGGGGAUUUCGAAUGACUGGUGGAAAAAAUACAGGAUCACCAUUGAAAAUAUCAAGGGUUAAUAAUGCAGGGAAAGCGGCAAAAUCUGGUGUACGAGAAGGAUUUUUAAUCGAAUCAAUAAAUUCUGCGUCUGUUGAUCAUCUCACAUCUAAUGAAGCCCAAGCAUUAAUUAGAAAUUCUGGAGAUAAGUUAACUAUAGGCAUUUAUCGGCAAUCAAAGUCCAGUAUCGAAAAGAACGAUCAAAAACAUGAAGCUGAAACUAAAGCAGGUGCAGAUAAAAGUGUAAGACCAAAAUCGACGGAAACAGAAACGCCGAAUAAAAAAAGUAAAAGAAUACGAAAGCGUAGAAGGAAAAAGAAACGCGCAGAUUCUCCCGAAAAAUUAAACGGUCAACAUCCAAAGACUUUACCAAAUAAAAUAAUUGAACAGGCUCAAGAGAUAACACAAAUAACAGAAAAUCCAAAAAUACAAAUAAUACCGGAAAAUUCAGAUUCUCGAUUUGAUGAAUUAGAAUGGAUCAAACAUAAUGAAGCGCUCUUAAUAGCUGAUUUAAAAACACGUCAACAAGCUGGAUUACCAAUUCAAGUAGUAGUCAGAGUUGAAAAAAUCACACCUUCGGUACCAGAAUAUUGUCAAAUUAUUCCAGACUUUUGCCACUUAGAUGUUAUUAAAGAGGAAACAAGUGCAAGUGAUGAUGAUCCAAAAAAGGAAACUUGGGAAAGCUCUGAAAAAAUUAGAAACGAGAAUAAUUUCAAGAAAUUACCCGAAGACCAGGGUUCAGAUGUCGACGAAAAAUAUAAUAAUGAGUUAGAAAAUAUUUCAGAAGUGAAUGAAAAUAAAACUAACGCUUCAGAAUGUCAGCUUGAAAGACUAGAAUCUCCGUCUUUAGUCAGAGAAUCGGAGAUUCUCAGGUUUGCAGAUAUUGUUACUACUGAAAACGAAUAUGUAAUUGAUUUAGAAACACUUGAACCGUUAAAAAACACAUUAACUUUACAUAAUUUAGAAAAUAAUGAACGUAUUGACAGGGGAAUAUGUAGUUUUUUAAAUAAAAAUAAUUUAACUAAUGAAAAACAUAAAGACGAUUAUACGUUAAAAGAUGUAAAUGUUAACAAAAGUCCAAUACAACACGAAAAAAUAAUAAAUAAUUAUAGUAUAGUUGUAAAUGGUAAUAAUGGUGGAAAAAAUCAAUUCAUUACUAAUACAUUACUCGAUACAGAAUCAUGUGAAGAUACGACUAUAUACUUUCAAAAAAACUGUAUUGAAGUUGAUUGUAAAGAUCAAAAAAUGAAUAAUUUGGAUGUUUUAAAUACAAAAAGUCAACAUAUUAAUUAUUCUGAUUCACCUAAACUUUCAAGUCAACUAAGGAUGAAAAAAGAUAAUAAAUUUCCAAAAAAUGUUUUUAAUAAUCAUCAAGAGAACAUGGAACACGAAGUAGAGUCUUCAGAUGAUAGUACAAUAAAACAAUGUAAAGCAUACGACCAUAAACACAAACUACGCAGACAAAAUAAAGUUUCCAUUCACGAUAAAUUAAAACAAAUAGCUAGAUUACUUCAGGACGAUACGGAUGAUUACGAAGAAAUACAAUCAUCAGAAACAACUUCUAGAUGUGUUUCAAUAGCUUCCGAUGCUGACGUUGACACUGAUUGGGUAAGUUUCACUCUGUCUGAUGGCGAAUCAUCAAAGUCGUUGUGCUUAUCGCCUAGUCAAUCGAAAUCGUGUCACGUUCCGUCCUCUUUUUCCAAAACGUCUGAAAUUAUUGACCUGCACAAAAAAUUUCUUAAUAGAACAAGAAGUCCAAAUUUAUCACCACGUCAAGAUUUAACACCCAUAGUAGAUAUAUUAAGUUAUAACAAAUCUCAAUCACAAUCGCCUUCGAAGUCGUAUAGUUCCGAAGUUUUUGACGAAGCGUGUCGAAUGUGCGGUACUAGUGACGAACCAUUGUCUGAUGCUGAAUGUCUAGUGUCUUUGCGCAAGUAUCGAGAAACUCGAUCUAGAUUAUUGGAUGUAAUCCAAAAAGAGCAACAACUUAAUCGAUCAGUCAUCGAUCGACCGUCACCAAUGCCUACGUUUAUGGACACGCUGUCGUUUCCCGACAACCACACGAGGGAGCUCAUGUACGCAGAGUACAUGGAAAAAGUGAAAGAAAGAGAAAAUCGACUUCAAAAUAAAGUUAUUAGAAUAACAAAGGCCAGUAGACCGUUGUCAUCAGGUACUCUGCAAUCAUUUAAUGAUAUUGAUGCAGAGUUUGUAACCAAAGCUCGUGAGAGGUUGGAUAAGUUAGGUGUCGAGGCGGAUGUGCAUAUAGAAGUGAAGGAUGAAUAUUAUCCAAAGCACUUGGUGGACAUUGUACCGGAAGAAGAAGUUUGCAUCGAAGAAGUGCACAUGAAUGUCAGAAUAAAUAACAAAACAUCUAAACGAAGGAUAUCUGAUUGUUCACUUCUAGAGGAAAUAGAUCAAGUUUUUGGUGGAUUUUUGACUAGAAAAAAUAUAGGUGUCUGGUCGCCAGAACUAAAGCAUAGAUCAUUGGACUUAGAAAAUAUCUCAAGAAAAGUAGAAAAAAACCAGCCACAGACCGAACUACCUCCAAUAUGGACACCCAACUCCAGCCCGACACCUGAAAGAAAAUCUUACAAACCAGUCAGGUUCGAAUCACCAACGUUAUCUCGAAAAAUAAUCAAUGAAGAUAUUAAAAAAAUACCUCCAAAACCACCAGUUGAUUUACCUGUAUUGAGCUCUCCACUACCACCUCCUCCUCCUCCAUUACCGUCGAAAAUACAAGGCGAUGAAAAUGUUCAUAGCACGGACAGGAGACUUCCAAGAGUUCAAAGCCCUACUGUUACGCUCCUUCAGAAAGCAAGAGAAGGACAGUUACCGAAAGGCUCUGCAUACCUCAACUCAGAAGAAUAUAGUAUGGACAAAGAAAAUAAAACAAGAGGCUCUACUGUCAAACGUAAUGUUGAAACUCAAGAAAUAAAAUAUGCUUCAAGGCGUGAGUAUGAUAGUCUGCAGUCGGACGAGAAAAAGCAAAAAAAAAUGGUGGAAAUCAGCCCAAAAAAGUACGAAGGUAUCGGUCCGACAACUAAAGAAGGAGUUCCAAUUGUAUUAAGAUCGGAAAUUAAAGAGCCAAAUCAACCAAAAUGGUACAAGCAGAUGUAUGAGUCUUUACAUAAGUUUCAAUCUGAUGAUGAAGGGGUAACAGUACGAUACAAAACAUUAUCGCGAGGACCUAAAAUUAGAAAAGGUGAUGGGUAUUCAUCAGAACCAGAAAAAGGGUAUGAAUCAGAUUUCGGUGAAAAUAGAUCGUUUCAAAAUUUAGAUGACGAAUACACGAGAAAUGUUUCCAUGAGAAGAUCAGUAUCUCCUGUAAAAUGUGGUCAAGACAGAUACAAGAAUCAACCAAGACCAAUCGAAAACUAUGAACCAGGACAUUCUUCGAUAGCCGAGAAAGAAACAAGACAGUGGUGGGAUGAGGUUAUGAAUACUUUUGACGGGGAUUCUAAACAUAAAAUCCCUCCUACUCAAAAUCGGACGUCGUCAAAAAAAUCGAAUCUGGCUCAAGCUUUAAAAGAAUCUGGAUAUGAUAGCGAUUCCACAUUAAUAUUUAAAAGGCAAGAAAAUCAAUCUCAAUGCCUUUCACCUACCGAACAAAAAAGUGCAUAUAAAGUAAUUCAAAAUGGGGGAGAAGUACCAUUUCAGGGCUUACGAAAAACUUUUCCUGAACGACCAAAAGAUUUGGAGUUGGAGUAUUUGCCAAUCACGUCUCAUUUAACUAAAAUCCAAAUAAUGAAAUUUGAUAAUGAAGUAAUUCAUCACCCUUGGAAGAAAGUCACUUGUUACCCAGUUUUUUCAAACUUUAAAAGAACAGCUAAAUCAUCAGCAAGUUCUACUGGAUCACCUCCUACUCCUCCUCGGCGAGAGUCAUCUCGUAAAAACUCUAGACUUGAGCGAUGGACUAAAGGCGUUGAUAUAGAAUCAAAUGUCGAAUUAAAAGUUCGUAAAUCAAAACCUGAAACAGAGAAAAGAUCAAAAAGCUCAAGUUUAAAAAGUUCUACAAAAAUGUACACUAAUGACCUAAAAAAAGAAAAAGAGAAAUUCCCUAAAGUUACAGUUGCUGUAUCAACAAAAGGAAAAGUGCUUCCAAGGUCUAGUACUUCGUCAACAAAUUCUUCAGAAUCAUCUUUAUCUAAAAAAACAAAAUCAUUAUCAACUCCAGCUAAAAGCAUCCCUGUUUCUAAGACAGCUCAGAAAACAAUUUCAAAAGAAAAGGUACUAAAAAGUAAUUUAGUAAAAACAAAUAGCGGAAAACGACAAACAAAAAAAAUUGAAAUUGUCAAAACCUCGGUGAAAUCGAGUUUAAAAAGCGAAAAAGAUAUGAAAAAUAAUGAAAAACAAAAUCAGUUUGGAGAAGAAUUUUUUCAACAAUUACUUUUGACUGAUGAAAAGAAGAAACAAAUUCCUAAAAUAAGUCCAAUCAAGGAUAAAGAAAAAUCUAAUGUAUGUCGUAAAAGUAGCAAAAUAGACAUAUAUUUAUCAAGCAAAAAGCCUGUGUCUGAAUCUAAAUUUAAAUCUUUUGAUAAAUAUCAAUCUUCUGGUGUAACAGAAUGGGAUCAGUUUGGAGAUGAAAGUGUUGAUUUUUUAAAAGGCAGAAGUGCCAGUGAACCACCGUCGCGGUCUCCAUCUUCUCGUCGUAUCAGAAGUUUCCAAGCACCAGUAAAAUUGAUUGAAAGUGUAACUGGUAUCCGCCGAUGUCAACGGUCUAAAAGUGCUGAAGAACCUAUGGAGAGAGUUAAAAAUGCUGCAGUCGAUUAUGAAUAUCAAACCUAUGUAAGAGAGUUAAGACACUCGAGUAAGAAAUCCGAACGCUUUAAAGAAUUACAUAAUUUUUAUUGUAGUUUGGAAAGAUUGGGAGAAUUAGAAAAAACUGCAGAAAAUGCGAGUAAUAAAGUUAGAACACGUGGAGAUCUGGUGGAUUAUGAUAAGUGGAAGACCGUUCGGGUUAAGGAAAGAGCUGAAAAUGAAAUAAAAUCACUGCAUGCAAAACUUGAAGAUGUUCAGAAGUCAAAAGAUGUGUUAUACAAGACAAAAGAUCCCGAAGAAAUACGUUGGAAAGGGAAUUUAGAUCGUGGCUUGAGAAAUAAAGAAACUUCAGUGGUUGAUUUAAAACGAAAAUUUCAUGCUAUAGGGAUUGAUACUUAUUGUAAACCAGAAGUUAACGUUUACAGACCAUUAUGGAGAGGAACUUCAGUUCAAGAUGUAGCUGCUUCAUUAAAACACAUUACAUCAUCAAAAAGAGGUCGUCCUGUAUCAGAAGAGAGGGAAAACAAUUAUACACACAUACCCAGAAGAUCAAGUUCUAGAAGUCCUUCUAAUAUUGGUUGCCGAAUAUGGAGCAGUCUUUCUAUGGAACAAUUGAAUCGACUCAAGACACAACUUAAUGAAGUAUAUAGUACAAUAUCUGACAUGAAAGGAGAAAGGAUACCAAGAACUAUACAGAGAACUAAAUUAAAAGAUGAUUACGAAAUUGAAGUAAAUGGCAGGGUAAAGAAAUCUGAAAUCAGUUCAUCAUUGUAUGUAAGAUCGAGUUCAAUGGGGCCCUCUAGGAAAAAAGAUAAAGGAGAAGUACUAAGAAAAGCUGAUUCAAUUGGAUCAGUGUGUUUAAGUGAAAAUGAAAAAAAAAAAAUUUCAAAAAAUAUUAGUAAUGAAGUGUUAGAAAAAAAACAAAAAAAACAUUCAGGUAAUGUAGUAAUACCCAAAGAAACUCUAGGAGCUAUUGCAGCAGUAAAAUGUAAGGAAAAUAUUCCAGAAAGUGUUUCACCGAGAACAUGUUACUCCAUAGAUGUAUCUGAAGAAGAAUAUAUUACAAAGAAUUAUGAAAAAAACUAUUUAUUAGUUUUGGCUGAUAAUGAAGACAAGAAAAAAAUGAUUUCUGAUUGGGCAAAUGGCACAAAUGUUAGUGAAUCCAGCUCAUCUGCUUCUACAGUUAUACACCUUGGUGCAAAGAAAACAAAUUUACAUUCAUCUCAAAGUUUUUCAUCUAUGAAAUGCAUUUUCGGAGAAAGAGAUUGUAUGCGAAAAGUAUUAUCUCCAUCGCCAGAUCGCUGCUCCGAGUAUUCAAAAUUCAUAAAAAAUGGAUUUGUUAGAAAGCUUUGUAGAAAAUUUGAAAGCUUCGAUGAUCUUCGAUUUUUACAUACUCCAAUGGAAUCAAAUACUUUAAAAAGAUACAAGAGUGACCCAGAACUCAACAGGAAUAUUAUUAGAUAUCAUGAAUACGGCGAUGUGCAAAAUCUGAAAACAAAAUACGAACGGUGCAAAAGUCCAGUGCCCAAAUAUCCAUUGAGGCCAGAUAAUAGACUUAUGCCCCGUAUAAAUGUUAUUAGUAAACUGGCUAGUCUUCAAGACAAGUUAACUAAAGGUGAAGUAGAAAGAAUAAGGAUCAUGUUUGAAAACAGAAAUAGAGCAUUUAUGUUGGGUCAAUUUUAUACUUCUACUCCUGACUUGAGAGAAGCAAGGAAAAUGAUACCAUUUUUAGACUGCGAUUGGAUGGCACAUAAAUAUCCAGAACCAGAACCUUUUACUAAACCAAAAAUAAGGCCUAAAUCUGCAUCACCAGUCAGAUACAACAAAAAACAUCAUCAUCCUUCUAUUCUGAAACAAUCAAAACACGAUGGAUUUUUAAGUCAACCAUAUAAUCCGGAAGCUCAUAAGCCCAAGUAUAGGUGGACACCAUCUUGGAAUGGUAUAUGGACCCAGCUGCCAACAUUACCACCAAAACCAUCAAUUGUUAAAUUUAAAGAUUCACCACACAAAUAUGCAGAGUCGGAGGUAACACUACAAUAUCGACGUCCGGUGCGGAACGAAAUUAAAGAAGAAUGGACAGAAGAAGAAUUAGCUAACAAACAAGCAGAAGCUAUGAGAAGGAUCUACCAAGAAGAAAGACGAAGAAAGUACCUUCAAGAACUUCAAGACAUGUCGAAUAGGAGACACGCAGACAACUUAUUGCCUUCUCAAAAAUCUCCCAUCCCGUUAAACCGCUACGACGAUUUCGUUGACGAAAGUCCACAGCCGCCAAGAAGUCGUACUCCAGAACCAAAGCUCGUAGCAAGAGCUUUAUACAACUUUGUUGGCCAAACGUCCAGAGAACUGUCGUUCCGGAAAGGUGACAUCAUAUUCGUCCGGAAACAGAUUGACAAGAAUUGGUACGAGGGGGAGCACAACGCUAUGGUUGGAUUGUUCCCUUUCAACUAUGUCGAGGUAAUUCCGUACGAUGGCAUCAGGACAACACCGCACAGACCUUAUGAAGGCCAAGCAAGGGCAAAAUUCAAUUUUGUUGCACAGACCAACAUGGAAUUAUCUUUGGUUAAAGGAGAACUGGUUGUCCUGACUAGGCGUGUUGACAACAACUGGUACGAAGGCAGAAUCGGAAGCAAAAAGGGAAUUUUCCCUAUAUCUUACGUCACAGUCUUAGUGGAACCAGGCGAUCACCCAAACUCGUCGACGAGUGAGUCGUUCAAGCCCGUGGCGUCUCCUGCAUCGCAUUCUCUCAUUACCAGUAACCCGCCGAAAACGCAGCACAUGUAUCAACCGGAUAGCUAUUCUUCUAUGCCGACAAGAAGUUCCGGGACUCAAACGAAGAAACAAGCAAAUAACAUAAAUGAAACUCUACACGUUGACGUACAUUCAGAACCCAUGCCUUAUAGGGCGUUAUACAAUUAUAAGCCACAGAACAGUGACGAAUUGGAACUUAGAGAAGGUGACGUAGUGUUCGUGAUGGAAAAAUGCGACGACGGAUGGUACGUGGGAUCGAGUAAACGGACAGGAUGCUUCGGCACUUUCCCCGGCAACUAUGUCCAACGCAGUAUCUGAUCUGUUCGCAGAAAAACAAAAUAAUUUUUCCAAAAAAUUAACUUUUCGUCUCCUCAUCCUCGUCCUCCUCUUCAUGUGUGUCCUCGGAUUCUCACUCGUCUCUCUAAGUAUAACAUAAUUUUAUAUACCAAAGGAUUUUGCAUUAACUAUAAGUUGUUUUUUUUUUUUUUUGAUUAUAGUUUUAAACGUUCACUGUUAACAUAUAAUACCUAUUAUAUGUAAUGUAUAUUUCGUCUGUAAUUAGAUAUCGUGUUGUUAUAAUCGAAUAACAUUAUAUUAUUACUAUUAUUAUUAUUAUUUAUUACUAUUACGAUUAUAUAAUUAUUGUAAAUGAAAAAAACACUAGUCAGUCAAUAUCACUAUUAGAGAUACCAUUUACUCUAUUCAAUAUUCUAAUGGUAUAGAACACUUUAUAAUAUAAUCUAUCAUACUCUAUUGGAGUUAAUAUUUGUACAAUAAUCUGAUAAUAUACUAUUUUAUGAUUUUAUGUAUGUUGAACAUACGUCAUUUCUGACCGACCGGCGUUACACGUGUGUGUAACCCUUAGCUGUUUUGUUUUUAUAAGAAUUUUAGCCCCUCUAAACGAACCCGGAAUAUAUCAUGAUAAUAUAUUGACGUGUCUUGAUUUUUUUUUUAUUAUUAUUAUUUAAUUCGCCUACGGGAGACUGGAAACAAGCUUUAAUUCUAAACUUCUGUACUUAAGAUUUCCCUCGGGCCUCAGCUAUAUUAAUUUAUCGCUGUACUUAUACAAUACUCAUAGGUAUAUUGCUUAUAGAAAUUAAUACCGUUUAAUUUAAUAAUUUUAUAUACACGAAUAAUAUCCAUUAUUAUACAUCAUAAUUAAAUAUAUUCACUAUUUUACAAUCGUAUAUUAUAUACAAUGAUACAAUGCUACACGCUCGCAUACACGUAGGUACACACACAUACACAUACGCGUGCGUGUGCACAAACUUGUACAAGACACAUUAGGCAGGCAUAUUGUUGCAUUUUUUUUUUAUGUUAUUUGGGGAAACGUCUAAAAUGGCCCCUUGCACACCGAUUACCAUUUACAUCAUGGUCCACGGAAGUACAUACUACAAUUUCAUUUGAGGGGCUAAGCCACCUGAAGCCACCUCCCCUCCUCUGCAGAGCACAGUUCGAGCAACACGUACACACACACUUAUAUACGACAUACCUAUAUAUAAAUAAAAUGAAUAUACUACUUGUUAUAAUAUAAUAAUAUGUUUAUAUUUUUCAUUUUGUAUUCUUGUAAGACCAAAUGUUCCUCAUUUAAUAGGCAUAAUAAUAUCAUACGGAUAGAUUGGCGAAACGUUUAACCGUCAGAUGUUAUGUCGAUAAACUAUAAACUAUAUAGUACUCGUUAUAUAUAUAUACUAUUAUAUUAUAUAAACUAUAUUUAAGAACAAUUUUUUUUUUGUUCAAUAAAGUGACUAAAUUUAUAAUUUAUAGGUGUAUACAAAUUUUUUUGACACUCAAUAAUAAGAUACAACAGAGUAAAUAUUCGAUACAUAAUAAUGCACUAUUAAAUGUUGUCCAAGAGCAUUAUUAUUUAUUUAUAUACCUGUUUCGUGCAAUCUAUCCUCAAUGUUAUAUAAUGAUAUAUACUAUACAGUUAUUGUUAUUUAAUUAUAAUAUACUAUGAGGUAAAUCGUAAAUGUAUCUAUAUAUACUAUUUUUUCAGUUUGUACACCUACAUUUUAGCACAUAAUAUGCUUAAUGAAUGAUGAAUAAACUAAUAUAAAAAAUAUUGACACAUCAA